UCGCAGGAGCUUCUUCUUGGCGGCAGCAUUCCAAUCACGCGCCAGUCCGCUUCAUGCCCGCACCUUCAGGUCAUCAAUUCGGCGUAUGACAGUUGCCACCGCCAUUGCGUCAUCACAUGCGCAUGCACCAGCCAUUCUGUAAUCCCCACCACUGUCCGUAGCGUUGCGGUGGCCCCCAUCAGCACUGUGAUUUUGAAGUGGGCACGUUUGCUGUCAUGAUGUAGCCAAUUUGGCUCGACAGAUGUAGCGUGAAGCGCUAUCAUUUCGCCACCGCUGCAGGACGCGAUGCCGCACGCAUGUGGUGCGGCUCCCCUGUCCUCUUUCGUCAUGGACACGAUGAAGGACGCCAUGGAAUACCCGGCCACGGGCGUGGUGUUGGACCCGCCUUCCAAGAAGUACCUGCUGGCGCCCGACUACUGGAACUACUGGGGAGGGCCCACGAGGCCUUUUACUCCCGCGUCGAAGACCCUCUGGGUGAACUCCCCGCCGGCGACCUGGUGGGAGCAGCGCUCGGAGUGGCGCGACACGUGGAACCGGCUAUCCGAUGGGGAGGACCAGCCAGCCAGGUGGCCGCUGAAGGGCACGCCGCCGCUCACCGAGAAGGAGCGGUGCAAGCCAGUGCCUGGCCUCCUCAAAGAGCCGGACGGCAAGCCGAACCUGUGGUGGCAAUGGCUCGAGAAGCCCAAAGGCGGCGACUUGGGCGCGAGUCUUCUGGACGCAGCCAAGUCUGAGGCCAAGGCGGCUGCGGCGUUGCCCACCGGCGACCCCGAGCAGACAGAAUGCCCGAAAGGAAUCGAGCUGAAGGAUCCGGUCGUGGAGCACUGGGGGAAGCCCACGAAGCUCGCGGAGGAGGGCAAGAGGGUGGACGAGGAGCUGGAGCACCCAGCCGUCGAUGACGCCGAGGGCGGUGUCGGUAAAGGUAUGUCUCAGGGGGCCGGGGGCUCCGCCGGCAGCGGUGCGCGAGGCGGCGAGAAGAUGUUCGAUCCGAGCUCGCCGCCAGCGGUGACUUCCGAGCAGGACGCCUGGCUCCGCGCCAACACGUUCCGGCGUCAGACGCUGCCGGGCUACCCGCGCCCGCUGCUGCCCGACGGGCUACGGGGGGCGACUCCUAGGCUCUCCCGCUUCGAUGCGACCAACCAGCCCGCGACGAUGGACCCGCGCCUGCUGGACCCACCGCUGCCGCCGAACAAGCGCCUGUACUCGCCAGACAAGAUUCGUAAAAAGAUGACGCUAAAGAUUUACGACGGCAAGCUGAAGGGCGGCCUGAUGAAGAUGUUAGGCGAGAAGCUUCAGGAGGAAACGACCGGGGGCACUACGUUGGAGAGUACCGGGCUCUCGCCCGAGUUCUCCAGAGCGAGCCCGACUUCUUCAAACGCUACCUCAACGGUGAGAUCUUCAACCUACUGCACGGAGAUCUCUACGGGGAGCCCGUCCCCACGGUCAAUCCGACCAGCCCGGACGCGCACGCGCCCGCCGAGUCGUCGGCCGCGACGGCCGAGCCGGCGGUGUGGGUGCCGCCGCGGCGGCCCUCCUUCGAGGAGGGCUACCGGGCCAACUGGGAUAGGUUCUGGUCGCAGCUCGGCCACGACGUGCACGCCAACGGCGAGCCAGACUCCGCAAGGGGCACCGCGGCGUCGCUGCGCCGGGUCUGGCAGCAGCCGACCAGCCCGCCCAGCCACGGGCCAGCGGGGCUCAUCCGGGGCAUCGCGCGCGAGAUAGGCGCGGCACAGGGCGCCGCGGCCGCGUGAGCGACGGCUUUGCCUUGCCUCUCGGCAGCUUCCCCACCUCCUGGUCCACCUUCCUCUCACUUGGUCCUCCUCCUCCCUCGUUGCUCCUCAUCCUCCUCG